CCAAAGACUUUCACAGCCCCCAACUUGCUAUAAAUACAAUCCCUUUUAUUUCAUGGGAUAGUAUCAAUAUAAGGUUAGCUCUUAACUUUCUUACUCACUCACUUGACUUGUUGAUCACUACUAUGGCUUAUUCCAAAACCCUCUUAACCACUUUCUUCAUUCCCCUAACCCUUACCUUCCUCUUCUCCACCCUUGUGGCCAGUUACCAUCAAAGAAUCUCCCCAUCAUCUCUAGGUUUCCAUGAGGAGAAGCUCACCCACAUUCGUUUCUUCUUCCAUGACAUUGUUACUGGUCCAAAAGCAUCCAUGGUCAUAGUGGCUAGUCCCCUCAUGGGUAAGUCCAACUCUCCCUUACCAUUCGGAUCCUUGGUGGUGUUGGAGGACCCUUUGACAGUGGGGCCCGAACUUGACUCCAAACUAGUUGGAAAGGCACAAGGGUUUUACAUAUCUGCGUCACAGCAAGCUAAGCUUGACUUGGAGAUAGUCAUGGGGAUGAGCUUUGUGUUCACGGAGGGUGAAUUUAAUGGAAGCACCUUCAGUGUGAUGGGGAGGAACCCCAUCUUCAACACCGUUAGGGAGAUGCCAAUCGUUGGUGGAACCGGGGCUUUCAGGUUGGCACGUGGUUUUGUUCAAGCAAGGAGUCAUCAGGUUGAUUAUGAAAAAGGGGAUGCUCUUGUGGAAUACAACGUUUAUGUGUUCCAUUAUUUAACUACCUCUACUUCUUGUCAGGAGGAUUUUAAUGACCCUAUCCUUCGUUCAGUAUAAAUUUAUAAUAUUAAGUAUACUUUUGAAAUUAUUUUCCACUGGCCGUCCUAAAUUUAUUUAGAUACAUGGGUUAGCAAUUUAAAUUUAUGAAACUCGUAUCAAGUUAAUCUUUUUCAGAGAUUAAUAUAAGAUGCAAAAAUUGAUACUAGUUUUAUAAGUUUAUGGGCCAACUCAUACCCAUCAAUAAAUUCAGGAGUUCAAGUAUGAGUGGAAAAUAUUUUCAAAAAAUAUACAAACCUGCUGUCUUGUUAUAAGUUUCAGUCUUUGUUGUUAUAUAAUUAGUACUGCUAGUUAAAUAAUGAGCAAGACAGAUAAUUGAGGCCAUUGAUAAUGCGUCUUGAAAAAGAGAGAGAGAGAGAGAGAGAGAGAUCUAUGAUAGUGUAUAUUAUAAGAUACAUGAGUUACGUGGGGUAAAUAAUAUUUGAAGUAACGUUUCCCUAGUAAUAUAUGUUUUAGUUAAGUUCAUCUGUAGUUAGGUCCAUUGUAAACAUGAUGUCUUGGCAUCCUAAUGUUUGAUUUGCUU